GCCUUUAUAUCCGUCGGUCGGGCUGCCAUUCAGCCGGGCGGCCAUUGUGUCCGACAGCAUCGCGACACAGCUGCGCUUCGGGGCCGCGACGCCCUUUGUCCUGCUCGGAUUACCCGUCCUGCUGCACACUAGACCGCAUUAUUGAUCACAUCCGAUAGGUACUUAUUGACCUGUGCGGCCGGCAGAGUGUCGAUGAUUCAGCGCGGUAUUUGCAGCCGCUGUCCUGCAUGCAUGGUGCCCGGAGGAGCCGCCGCGUGAGCACUCUCCCCGGAUGGACAAUAUGGGGUAACAUGUGACUGGGAGAAUGGCCACCAUGACAGAGAAUUCCGUCGGCAGCUCACAGUCUUCCUUCAAGGCCGUGACCCUGAGGGUGGUUGACCUGCCUCUCUCCGUCUAUCACAGCAUUUCCCAGGUGCGGCUGAGCGCCGGCACCAAGAAGCUCCUGGCCAUCAGCGCCUUCAGCGCUAUCUCCCUCCUCUUCCUCGCACGUCAUUUACGGAGGAGGAAGCCCAAGAAUAAGGUCCAGUCGCCAUGGGAGCAGAGACACUUCGAUUUCCUGACCACGGAGCCACCGGAGAAAGAAUCGAGCCGAGCCAGCAGCCGGCAGAACCUCAGCCUCUCUCUGAACUCCAGAAGCUGCCAGUCCUACAGUCACGCCCUUCCUAGCGGCAGUCUGUACAGCAAACUCUCCAGCUCCCUCCAGAGUCUGACCUCGGUGAAGAGUGCCAACUCCUCUAGUAGCUGCGCUUAUGUCAACAGCUCCAGCCCCUGGGACAAGGGCUGUGAGGACAGUGACGCAUGCGACAUCGUCAACAUCCCGGUCACCACUCCCGAGAACCUCUACCUGAUGGGCAUGGAGCUGUUUGAGGAGGCCCUGAGGCGCUGGGAGCAGGCGCUGACCUUCCGCAGUCGGCAGGCGGAGGACGAGGCCGGCUGUGGCUCCGUAAAGCUGGGGGCUGGAGACGCCAUCGCCGAGGAGAGCGUGGAGGACAUCAUCAGUGCCGAGUUCAUUCACAAACUGGAGGCGCUGCUGCAGAGAGCGUACCGGCUGCAGGAGGAGUUUGAGGCCGCACUGGGCUUGUCGGACGCAGCUUCGCUCGCCAACGAUAUCGACAAGGACACGGACGUCACGGUGUGUGAGGACUCGGACGAGCUGGGCCUGCGCGAUACCAUGAGCAUCGCCUCCACGGACUCCUUUGUGUCGGCCGCCGAGCUGUCGGAGCACCGUGACCUCCGGAAUGCGUACACCCUGGGCUCCCUCUGCCAUUACUCCCUGUACGAGGAGGCGCUCCGGCUGGCUGAGGAGGGCAAGGUCUCCUGCAGGGUGCUGAGGACGGAGAUUCUCGAAUGCCUGGGAGACACCGACUUCCUGGCCAAACUGCACUGCGUCCGGCAGGCCUGUCAGGUAAUUCUGUGUGACCGUACGACCAGAGCCUUCCUGGCUGACGCCGGGAAGAAGAUUUUGUCCUCCAUCAUUAUCAAAGCACACAAGAGCCCAAAGAGAUUUGAGGAGGUUUUUGAGGAGAUGAUGAACUUCCUGGAGCAAACUGACCACUGGGAGAACACCGAGGUGGAGCUGGCCACGAGGGGGGUGAAGCAUCUGAACUUCUAUGACAUAGUGCUGGACUUCAUUCUCAUGGACUCUUUCGAAGACCUAGAGAAUCCACCCAUUUCCAUCCAAAACGUCGUCAACAACCGCUGGCUUCACGUCUCCUUCAAAGAGACGGCCGUGGCCUCGAGUUGCUGGUCUGUCCUGAAACAGAAGAGGCAGCACAUAAAGGUUCCAGACGGGUUCAUCGCUCAUUUCUACGCCAUCUGCGAGCACAUCAGCCCCGUUCUGGCCUGGGGUUUCCUGGGCCCUAAAAGUCCCCUUCAUGACUUGUGCUGCUUCUUCAAGGAGCAGGUGCUGUUCUUCUUGAAGGACAUCUUUGACCUGGAGAAGGUACGGUACUCCAGCCUGGAAAGCCUCUCUGAAGAUGUGCUGCAGCUGCUGCAGCGCCGCACCGACCUGCUGCUGGCCUACCUCGGUGCUGACACACCAUGCCCCCCCACCGGCUGCAUCGCCACCCAGAGCCCCCUCCUGCCCAGCGCCCUGCUGGAAACCCGGGUGCAGUAGCACCCCCCAAGGCACCAACCCCACGUUUUACUGAAGGACAUCAGCCGUCCUCCCCCCUCCCAUACCUGCUUCAGCCGUUGCACUCUCAAGUUAUGAAGGAAUUGUGUGUUUGACCAUCACCAUUAUUAAACUAGAUGAGAACUCUUGUAAAUAUGACUUGUGACAUAAUCACAUGACCUGCAGGAUAAUCUCCAUGGAGACGACGGUCGCAUAUGAAAUUCACACUCGUCCAGUAGUAUCUGCAUUUGUUUUAUUUGAACUGUACCUGAAGCUUGUGUGUUUGUGUUUUCUGCUGAGUCGUCCCUCACUGACCAUCGAGCCAAAACCCACAAUUCUCUGUCCGCUAGGACGUGCGCUGCUCCGCCCCACGUACCCCCCCACCCCCUGGCAGCCUCGGCCGUGCCUCACGCUGAAGGUUCAAUCUGUGUGCGUCUGAAGGGCCUUACUGAGGACACACCUGCUUAAGCCUGUCUGCCCCCCAGCGAGCACUGGAAAUGAACAGGUGCUUGAAGCUGAUCCCCUCUAUCGUCCCAUAUUUUGGUUUGCCACAAUUCUGUGGGCUCUCACCCAGUGUCUGGUGCCAAACCAAGUCCGGAUCAGCGCUGCCUCCUUCCUCUGGCGGAUGGCGGGUUCGAGACUUGACUUGCCACUGAGUCGUUAGCUUGACAUAGCCGACCACCUGGUGCCAUGUGACUACACAGAAUGAACUCCGAGCCGAGGGGGGGCGGUAGGGUCACAUAUAAUUGAACCACUGUGGAGAGCAGCAUGAUCUAGCCAGUGAACAAAGCAAAACAGGUGAAUGAGGCUUAUUUAUUUUUAUAUGUAUAUAUAAAGUAGCUUUUCCUCUGGCAGAGCUCAGUACACUACUAUUUAUCUGUAUGCACACUAUGUCAAUAAAGGGUUGUAAACGA